UCUUUCUCGUUUUUUCUUUUUUCCUUCAUUCCAUUUCUUUUCAUUUCUUUCCUCUCUUUCUUUCAUUUUUCCAUUUCUUCAACCUGAAUAAAAGCCAAAAUCAGGAAAAAUUUUGAGUAUUCUACUACUAAGAAUACUAACAAUCUAAAGCCUAAUAGUCGUAGCUGUAAACUAAGUACAAUGGCUUAGAUUGGCAUCAGCUAGUCAAUUGUAUUUUCUAGUAUACUAUAAAAUGGCUCUUAUUCAACAGGAUCAAAACACCCCUUGGCACAAGAAAUUCAAWACGCCGCAAUGGUUGAUGGAAAGAAAGGCGUACUAUCGCAAAAUAUACGACCAACUUAAAUUCUGCAUUCUGAUUAGUUGUAUUUUCAAUAAUGGUGUGGGAUAGUGCACGGAUUACAGGUCUUGGCUGGGGCUAAUGGUUUUAAUAUGCCAGAUGUUUUUGUUAGAGUCCCGGAUGCUGUUCAAAUAUGCAUAUACUGAUCCGUGAUAAAAAAAUAAAUUACUUAAAAGCCAGAGUGAAAAACGACAGAGCAAAUGGAAAUGGAUUUUUGGUGAUUCCAGAAUUCAAAGCUUCUUGCAGCAAUAACGAAAGAUGUCUCCAACGGAAAGGAGAGAGACAUUUUCUAGGAGAGAAACGCAAAGUUUUAAGUCAUCGAAGGAUGUCAAAGACCGCGUCAUUAUCAAUUGUGGAGGCAAGCGAUUUCAGCCAUAUUUGAGCACACUAAAAAACAUUCCUGAUCUUCCAUUAGCAAGGCUAGUAGAGAACAAGACUAAACUCGACUAUGAUCCGGAGAACGGGGAGUAUUUCUUCGAUCGACACCCAGCAGUUUUCGCUCAAGUUUUGAACUAUUUUCAAACGGGAAAUCUCCAUUGCCCGAGAAAUGUUUGUGGACCGUUGUUUGAGCAAGAACUAGCUUAUUGGGGCAUCGAUGAACAGCAAAUGGAAUCGUGUUGCUGGAGUAACUAUACGAAACAUCGAGAUGCCCAAGAGAAUUUAAAAGCUUUAGACUUUAGACCGAAAUACGACGAGGACGAAGGCAGACGACGAAUACGGCUAGAUCCAAGUCUUUCAUGGUGGCAAAGACAUCAACCAAUCGUCUGGGAAAUUUUAGACGAACCUUAUUCUUCCCCAACUGCAAAGGUAAACCAAUGUUACAAGGACCAGAACAUUACCCUCACACUACCCUCGAGACACUCUCAUGAUUAUUGACUCAGUCCUCACAGGAUGGUUUACACUCGAGUUCAUCCUACGCGUGGCCUUCUCCCCCAGUAAGAUCCAGUUCAUUUUCAAAUUCCAAAACUGGGUGGACCUCUUCGUCUUGAUACCACUAUACCUCAUGCUAGCCUUUGAACGCUCUCUUACAAUUGAUAUUCUCAACACUCUUCGACUCAUAAGAAYAUUCCGGUGUUUCAAGCUGUUGUAUGAUCUUCAGAUCCUGACCAAGACGGUCAAAGCGAGCCGCCAACAUCUCAUGAUUCUUCUAUUCAUCCUCAUCAUUCCUGUCAUUGUCUUCUCGAGUCUCAUCGUUUACUCAGAAACCAAAUGGGGAAACGAUGAAUCCAAGAAGAAAUUCCAUAGCAUUCCUAAUUCGGUAUGGUGGGGUAUCAUCACCAUGACAACGGUGGGGUACGGCGACAUGGUACCGGCAACGUUCGUGGGGAAGAUAAUAGGUGGUAUUGCCUCCAUAUGCGGUGUGAUUAUCCUAUCCACGUCGGCCUCCGUGGUUGGCAGUACAUUUUCAUUGUAUUACAAUCUUGCGCAAGCGCAGAUGAAGAUCCCUGAAAAGCGCCGAAAAAUUGACGUUGAAUUCCAAAGUCUCCCAUCAGUCCUUGCGUGCCGUUCAAGCCAGGCUGAUUCCACUGUGACGUCAUCGGACAGCGGUUAUCAAAAGUCUCCCAAUCGGCUUCAGAUUUGUGACAGAAACAGUUUUGCCUUCGAGGGAAAUAACGGUCAUAAUGCGGCAAGUAAAAUGCCUUGUAUGUGCACUUGUACAAGAGAAACUAGCUCGUCUGUUGCUAUCCCCAUGACGCAUGUGCCGACGUCACCAAGGCCACCUUUGACGAGGAAGGCAAGUAUUAGAAGAGAGAGUAUCCUUGUGUAAUAUGCUGUGUUGAGAUGGGCGAGAAAACUAUGUUAGCCAUGACGAGAUUGAAUGGUGAAUGUACUUCACAGUAAUACAUCCAUGCAAACGAUUCCAAGAGACUGUGUGGGACACUAACAUAGAAAAAUAAAGAAUGCUAAUGAAAUAUGCUAGGUUAAACGAGAACUAUAUCAGCCAUGAUGAGGUGGAUUUGAAAUGUUAAGAAAAUAUAAACAGGUAUCCCCUCCAGACAUAAUCCAUUAUAACAAUCUCAGGAUGCUGUAGGAAGCAUAUUGGGGUGACACACACCCAAUGGAAUGAAUGAUAGAAACACGUGCCCAAAGUUAUAAUCCAUUAUAACAAUCUCAGGAUGUCGUAGGAAGUAUAUUAGGGUGACACACCCAAUGGAAUGAAUGAUAGAAACACGUGCCCAAAGGUAUAAUCCAUUAUCACAAUCUCAGGAUGUUGUAUGAAGCAUAUUGGGGUGACACACACCCAAUGGACUAAAUGAUAGAAACACAUACCCCAGAUAUAAUCCAUUCUUACGAUAUUUAGGAGAUUGUAGGAAAAAUAUUGGAGCAACAUACACCCAUAAGUACCCAACACCCAGCCUGUGGACUUGAAARACAAUAUUGAGUGACUGUAAUAUAUUGUGUAAAAAUAUAUGAUAGCAUACAUGCUUUAGAUCGCUAUCCUUUGACCACGUCAGUUCUACAUUCUGCUGGUUCCUCGUGGUAAUGAGAGUGAUUUGACUUGGCCCGUGAAACAAAGAUAAAA